AUGUCCAACUGCGCCGUUGCCGUUCUUCGUGGAGAUAAUGUUUCGGGAACUAUUUGGAUUAAGCAGAGCUCUGCAGAACAAACCGCUGAAAUCACCGGGGAGAUCUGCGGACUCUCUCCAGGCCGACAUGGAUUCCAUAUCCAUCAAUAUGGAUACUCGACUAAUGGAUGCACUUCGGCAGGUCCGCAUUUUAAUCCAAUGGGAACGACUCAUGGAGGACCGUGUUGUGAAACCCGUCAUUACGGAGAUUUGGGAAAUGUGGUGGCUGGCGGGGAUGGAGUUGCUAAAGUCAAUAUUACCGAUAAACUUGUCAUUUUGUAUGGAGAACAUUCUGUAAUUGGCCGUUCGAUGGUAAUUCAUGCAGAUGAAGAUGAUCUCGGAAAAGGAGGCGGUGAUAAGGAAGAGGAGUCGAAGAAGACUGGGAAUGCUGGUGCACGAAAAGCUUGUGGGGUUAUUGCUCUGGCUGCUCCACAGGGGAUGACUGGGUUGAAUUUGCUUACCUCAACGGCAUUGCCUCUUUUGUUUUGA